AUGACUGGAACAGCCAGCAGUGGCGAGCGCAAAAGGCGUCCGCCUACCGAGCAUGCCGGAGAGGUGACCAGGAAGAAGAAUAUUGGAGUUGAAGAGAUAGCGGAUCCGCCUCCAGCGUUCGAAAAUCCUAAGAUCGGUGGUGCAGCCGACUUUCUGUCACAAGAAUUUGAUAUUGGAGACAGUGACAGAGUGAAUCAGGUUAAACACUUGAGAGACAUUGGCGGAGUCAAGGCCGAAAAUUUUAAACGAUCCCGACCCGUCGUUCUUGAGAACGCACAUCCACUAGCCGCUCAACCAGGCUGGAGACGAGUUUGGACAUCCUUGUCGCAACUCCAGGUAUGGGAAUGCAAAGGCCUCGAUGACAUCUUUAUCAGCGAUUUCUGCAAGGCAUGCUGGGACGCGAAAGACACGUGCAGACACCCCCCCCCCCAAGCUUAG